UGAAGAAAGAAAUAAUAACAUAAAAAAGGACGAUGUCUCGCAUCCAUCUUGGACCCUUUCUUUUCCAUCCGUCUCAAAGAUUGUGAUCGUUCAUCAUUUCCCAUAAGACAUUUAACCUUUUGAGUGCAAAAUGUUCGACUUAGCACCCCGUCCCGAUGAACCGAUCGUUAUCGCAACGACCCAUAAAUCGUAUCGAUUAGGGAAAGAUAGAGGAUUACCACCCCAUCUUGCUGGAGAGCAGAGCAAUUACCUCGUCGAACUAACAGAUGAAAAUGAUCCCGCCAGUGCAAAGUCAUGGACUUUCGGAAGGAAGAUGAGAACUGCUGCAGUUCUAGGAUUCGAUACUCUUAUUGCAUCAUGGGGUUCAUCUGUCUACUCUGCAGCUGUAGAACCAAUUGCCUAUGAAUUUGGUGUCAGUAGGAUAGUCGCUAUUCUCGGUUUAACGUUAUAUAUCUGUGGUUUUGCAACCGGUACAUCUAUCCUUCCAUCUUACAUUAGACAGUAUGCUAAUGAACAAACCUUAUAGGUCCAUUGUUUUUUGGUCCGAUCUCCGAACUUUAUGGCAGAAAGAAGCCUAUCACUGUAGCAUGCUUUGUUUUCACCUGUUUCAUGUUUGCUGCCGCAACAGCAAAGGAUUUCCAAACCUUGAUGUUAUGUCGAUUCUUCGCAGGUGUUUUCGCUUCUUGUCCUCUGACCGUCGUCGGUGGUGCCUUCGCCGAUAUGUUUGGAAAUGAAACUCGAGGUGUUGCCAUUGCUGCUUUCUCAGCCUUAGUGUUCGUCGGCCCUUUCAUUUCGCCUAUUGUUGGAGCAUUCAUCACAGAGUCACAUCUUGGUUGGAGAUGGACCGAAUAUAUCACAGGUAUCAUGGGAGCUUUCGCUUUAAUUCUCGACAUCCUUUUCCUGGAGGAAACAUAUGUCAAGACACUUCUUCAAAAUCGAGCUGCAAAGAUUCGAAAAGAGACUGGUAAUUUCGCCAUUCACCAUAUCAGCGAAGAGGAACUUCUCAGCUUCGAUGAUCUAGUCAGGAAACACUUGUUACUUCCAUUCAAGCUUCUUUUUGGAGAACCAAUCGUUUUCCUCAUCACUAUUUAUACCGCCUUCAUCUAUGGUAUCUUGUAUCUUUUCUUGGAGGCCUACCCAAUCGUGUUCGCCGAAUACCGUGGGAUUGAACCAGCAGUUGCAACACUUCCAUAUUUGGGAAUGAUUGUCGGUGUCCUUCUCGGUUGUAGUAUCGUCAUUGCCUUCGAGCCAAGAUAUAAUCGCAAACUCAAGGCAAACAACGGUAUACCAGUUCCAGAAGAGAGACUUGUUCCGAUGAUGGUGGGUGCUUGUCUUUUCCCUUGUGGUCUGUUCUGGUUCGCAUGGACAGGAAACUAUCCAUCUAUCAGUUGGGCCGCCCCAACUGUCAGUGGUAUAUUAACUGGUGCUGGGAUCAUGACCAUCUUCCUUCAGGCUUUGAACUACCUUGUCGAUUCAUAUUUGUUCGUGGCAGCCAGUGCCAUCGCAGCCAAUACUUUUUUGAGAUCCUUCUUCGGUGCCGGAUUUCCACUGUUUGCCACAGCAAUGUUCCAUAAUCUUGGCGUGCAAUGGGCUGGUAGUUUGUUGGGCUUCUUGUCCAUCGCAUUUUUACCAAUUCCUUUCUUGUUCUACAAGUAUGGAGAGAGAUUGAGAAAAAUGUCCCGCCAUGCCCCAACAGAUUUUGGUGUACCAAAGAGUCAGCCAAACGACGAAGAGACUGGUACCGCAGCUACAACUGCAGCACCUUCAAUUGAGGAAGAGAAACAGGAGGCGUAAUGUAAUGUAAUGUGUUAUGAUGAUGAUACACUUAUAUGUUGAAGGAUGAUUGAUAUGAGGUAUACUUGUCUACGAUUUCUUAUUCAUGGACUAUUUUGCAUCGUUGGAUUUUGUUGGCGUCGUUAUUAUCAAUACCCCGGGGUAGAAGCGUUUCCUUUUAUUGGAUAGAAUAGUAUGAUUUUUAGUAUGACUUAGACACCUUAAUUAAUAUAUAAAUAAUUUCUCAAACCACAGCUUUAUACAUAAUAUGGUUGAUGGUG